UUUCCUUCGUCUGCGCCUCUUUCCCCUCGUCUACUCCCCUCCUCUCUCCUGUUCUCUCUCCUAGGUCUCCCUUCUCCCCUCUCGUCCGGCAACAUGCGCAAUCACAUGUGUCAUCUACCCAACGGGCAGUCCUUGACUGUUUCCCCCGUCUUUGGUGGCUUCACCUUCAAGUCGAACGACGUGAACCCAACCCACUCCAUCGUCCCGCCUGGCUGGAACAUCGUCCUCUCGACCAACCGCCCGGAUACCGACGUGGAAUCCCACGAUGGCGACCAGGGUCGAGCUCGCGACGAUGAGCACCGGGCCCGCGUCACCCGGUUCACGACACCCACCCUGCGCGACGACUUUCUUUACAUCUCUUACAUCGUCGACCCUCCCAGCAGCGACUACAAGCCCGUCAGCUCGCCCACCCGCCAGAUUGCCAUGAUGCUGUGGGUCACCUUGUGGUGGUACUUCCAUGAGCCCCCGCCCGACAGCCGUCUGCAGACGGACGCCUCCGCCAACACCCCGGCUGCUGGCCAGCCCAAAGGCGACUGGCGGGUAUACAUUAAGCGCGAAGGUUUCUUCAAGGGCCGUACCCUUCUCCAGAAGCUCGAGCGCAUGGGCCUGAUCGCCUCCGAGGACUCCUCGGUGGGUGCAGAGCCCUACGACCCUCAGGCCUGGGCCAACAUGUUCAUCAGUCAACGCAGCUUUUGGCAGAUCGAUCCCCGUCUAUUUGUCUUUACCCUCAGCCCGCAGUCCAUUCCCCAGGCCGUGUCCGGCUCUCCUUUCAUUCAGCGCGUGGCCUCACCCUCGCGCGACAGUUUCAAUCUUAGCCACACCGCCGGUCAGGAAAUCGCGCACUACAUCCCCAAUGAGGGGCCCUUUGCCUCUACCAGCCAUCUUCCCACGUACUUUCCCCCGCCCCCGACCCAGUACACCUUCACCAACGGCGUCCGUCACCCCAUCCGCCCCAAGCCCCCGCACCAGGGCGACGUCUUCUACAUCCGCUACAUCCCCAGUGUGCAGCAAUAUCUCUCCUUCCGGGUCCCUUACCUACCCUCCGCCCACAGAGUCCCUGCAUCAGGUCCCGGAACUCCCACCCCGGGCCACACUCCAAACCUCUCGACUAGCAGUCUCGACCAGCCCCUGUCCGCGGGACCAUCGGACCUCGACCUUCUCCACAAGUGGAUGAACGACCCCCGCGUCAAUGCCAGCUGGGGCGAAGCCGGCCCCAUUGAGCACCAGGAGAAGUUUCUCCGCACGAACCUCAACAGUAAGCACAGUUUCCCUGUGAUUGGCUGCUGGGAUGGCAAGCCUUUUGGAUAUUUCGAGCUCUACUGGGUGAAGGAAGACCGGCUGGGCCCGUUGAUCGGUGGCGCCGACAACUAUGACCGCGGGAUUCACCUUUUGAUCGGGGAGCAGGAAUUCCGCGGGCCCCAUCGUGUGCCAAUUUGGUUGAGUGCGCUGGUGCAUUAUUGCUGGUUGGCAGAUUCGCGGACUCAAACUGUGAUGUUGGAGCCACGGGUGGAUAACGUGAAAUUAAUCACCUACCUCCAAGAGUCAGGCUUCUACAAAGAAGGCGAGGUCACCUUCCCGCAUAAACAAUCCGCUCUGAUGAAGACCAAGCGCGACGCAUGGGAAAGUCCUGCUAUUUAGCUGCCCACUACUUAUCUGCCUGGCAUCAACAAGUGUGCUAGGUGAUAGCUCUCAUGGUCAUAGAUCAAACAUGAACUUGUUCCGAACCAGGAGAAGUGGAUAGGAUUGGAAAGCGACAGUGAUGCGCAGCACCGAACCUCCGUCUCUCCCCUAGCCACCAACUACGGGGACACCGUUUGAUCCCCAAACCACCCUUGAUCCUAUUGACUCUUCUAGAGCAUGAUCA